GUUCAUGAACGAUGUCAGAACGCAACUGGAUUGUGCAUGGGAAUGCCAACACCACCUUUUCUGUGUGUCAUUUUCCUACAACGAUAAUGGCUCAUGUCGUUUCCAUUCAGCGACGGCGCCAUUUACACGACUUCGUUAGGAUGGCGGCACUUCUAUUCUUCUGACACAGGUGGUUGCCCAGUCGAAGAUGGGUUUGUGCUGGCUGCCGAUGCAAACUUAUGCUUCAAAGUUUUCACCGACCAAAAAGAUCACCUUGAUAUACUUAUGAGCUGCUACAAAUUGAAUGCUACUCUUAUCGUCCUGUACACAAAGAAGAAAAACACAGCUGUUUCGACCUAUCUUCAGGGAAAAGGUACAGACGACAAAUAUUACAUUGGCUUCAUCCGCACAACUCCGCCAUCGUAUUUUAAAUGGAGGAACGGCAACGCUGUCAACUUCACGAGUUGGGUGUAUAAAGGCCCAAUUGACCCCAAUGGCUCAUCGUGUGUGCUACUAGAUCCGGACACCAGAGGCUGGCAUACCAUUACAUGCAAGUAUGUAGCGAACUACAUCUGUGAAGAGGAAUUGUGAUCAUCAUGGCAGCCAUCGUUGAUAUCCCUCGGCUUGUUACGAACAUUUUCAGCAAACAUUUAGAACACGCUCCAAUUCGCCGUGCUGUAUAUUGAUAUUUUACAAAAAAACCCUCUUUUUUUGUAGUUUGCUAGUAAUUAAAAACAAAA